AUGGCUUUCGCUUUCUUGGUACCCCAGGCUUUCAACCUGCCCGACCCAGACACCGGCGGUCCCAGCAGUUUCCCUCUUGUGAAACUCCCAAGAGAAAUCAUCAUUGAGAUUGCAAAGUUGUUGGAGGCUGAUCCGGACGCCAAAGUCUCGCCGCUGUCGCUUGUCAACCGAACCUUGCGGGACCUUAGUGUUCCUAGUCUGUUUCGGACAAUGCAGCUCACCACCGCCGAAGACGAUCUUCUCGAACACAUGGACAGUAUUAAUGGCAAAAGAGCAAUUCUGGACUCUGUGUAUGUCCUGGGUAUCUACAGUGAGGGUUCUUCAACCGUUCGCACACCCUAUCAAAACAUUCACCUGGGAUAUGGUGAGAACUGCAAGAGAGGAACCGCAGCCAUACUUGCCGAUCUGAUCUUAGACCUACCCAAAUUGCGGGAUCUCCGGCUGGACUUGCGCUUCAAAGCCAACACUAGCCUGAUUGGACCCUUGCGAAGAGCUUUCAACCAGCAGUAUAUCAUGUUCCCUAACAUAACGGCACUCACUUUUCCAAUGAAGACCGACAUCAAGUUCAUUCCGGAGGUCUUCCCCAAUCUGCGCGCCCUCAGCCUGGAGCUUCACAAGGCGCCUGGUCAGACUCCAGACGUUGUGUACAUCUCGCAGCAUAUCGAGCUCGAGUAUCUGGAGCUCUGGAAGGCUCGCUGGAGUUAUUUCGACUUUGCCAGUAUCCCAACUCUCUUCCGCAAUGUCAAGCAUCUAACCAUUGGCGGCAUGAUGGGGUUUAGAGGUGCCCUUGGACACCUGCAUUCACUCGCUGAUGUUGGCACUGCGCUUCAACCGAUGCCUAAUCUUAGAGUCCUUGCCAUCUCGAAUGAGGUCUUCUUCAACCGCCGGACCCAGAAUGUCAAGGCCUUUGACAGAAGCUGCAGGAUUCGCUUCUUCUCCGAAUUCUUCGUCCGGCUUCAUCUGCUUCACCGGUUUCUUGUCGCAAGCUACCCUCGAGUCCUCGACUUCUUCAGCAGCAGCGAAAUGGACACCGUCAAAUCGGACCUUCUCGCGCCCGGCGGCGAGCCCACGGCCCAGGGUGUCGCUCCCGUCGCGAAAACCUACCUAGUCACACUCCCGAGAGAGCUGGUCAUCGAAAUCAUCGAAACCUGCUACGAGAUGAGCGGGAGCUAUCACUGGAGAAGAUAUUACAGCAGUAGAGAGCGUAGAAUCGUUGUGUCGCUCUCCUGCGUCAACAAGUGCCUUCGGACCCUGUGCAUUCCGAUCCUAUUCCGGGACUUGAGACUCAUGACCCAGGAAGACGAGCUUCAUGCUUAUCUAAAAGCCCUCGUGGGCAACGAGGCUAUUCUUGAAGCCGCUCGAUACCUGUGCCUUCUCACCUUUGGCCCUGGCAGUCCAUGGAGUGUUCGGGACCCAUUUCCUCCCAAAAGGCCCUGUAAAGCACUUACUCCUGCGCUUCUAGUCAAGGUUCUCAGCAAGAUGAGCUUAAUGCACCUUGAGCUCGACUUCAGAGACGGGCACAAGUCCCUAGCGCCGUGGUUCCGCAAGGAACUUGUUGCGCAGCGUGUCACCCUGCCGACCAUCACGCUCUUGGAUCCUCCACCCUCUGAGAUGGUCGAUCUUGUUCCAAGCGUCUUUCCUAACCUGCGCAACCUGACCCUGAAUAUCCAUCGCUCGCCGAAGAAGACGCCUGGCCUAAUAGCCAUUGCACCCGAGCUCCAACGCCUCGAUUUCCUGGAGUUGAAAAAUGGAUGGACGUGGGAUCUUACUGCGCUCGAGGAGAUUGCUGAGCUCUUUCCAUUGAACCUUCGUCUCGUCAUCGCUGGCAGCCUUGAGGAAGACGGUAUGUCGGGGCUUAUUUCUGUCUUCAAGAAGAUGGCCAAUUUGGACCAACUGCACUUCUGGUCGAAGGAUCCAAAAUUCCCCGUCAAGGAUUUGGGAAGAAGAAUGAACCAGGACUUUGCGUUGAACUUCUUCCGACAGUGCCUCCGGUUGGAGGUAUUGAAUGUCAACAACAAGGUUUACUACCCCGUGAGGCAAGGAGACAGCGUCGUCGAAGUUGAGACGAGUUAG